AUGUCGAAAUUUAAUUUUGAUCCGACGUUUUUCAGAAGAGUUAUAUCGGAAUCCCCGUGCACGACAAAAAUACCAUCCCUAACAGAAAUAGUAAAAGAAGCCGUGGAAGCAUUUUACAAUGAAUUCGAUUAUUAUCCAGAAAUAGGUGCAUGUGCUCCAGGAGUGUUUACCAUUUUCGGAGAUCAUUUAGAAUAUUCAGAUGGAAAAUUAAUACAGGCCGCGUCACCCUUUGUGACAGUGAUAGUCGGAAAAGCAUUAAAUACGGUUAAAUGUAAAAUAAUAACAACGGCAAAACAUGUCGAAGGAUUAAAAAAAUCGGUUUUUCCAACAAGUUAUUUUAAAAAUAAAAGCAUACAAUCUUAUCCUCCGUGGGUUGCUUUUCUUCAAGGUAUUAUAAAUGUUUUCCCUUGUCAAAACAUCAGAGGUUUCGAUGCUUUAAUACAUUCAUCUAUACCUCCCAAUCACGGUUAUGGUAGCAGUGCAGCUUUACAAGUUGCUUUUUUUACAUUUUUAGAAAUUAUUUGUGGGAAACGGGCUUGCAUAAACAAGGAACUGAGAGGAAAGUUAUGCCGAAAAUCUGAAUUAAAACUUAACUGUCCUUGUACGGUUGUAGGAGUAUGGGAUAAUGUAACAUCAUCAAUCGUGGAAGGAAGUCACGGAGUUUUGAUAAAUUGCAAAAAUUGUGAGGUAUCAACAUUUGAAAUGAAAGAAAUAAAUAUAUUAUUUUUAUUAACUUAUCCUAAUUUCAAUAUCGAACUUGACGAUAGACAAAUGAUUCCAAGAAGAGAAAUGGAACUACAUUUAAUAGCUAAAUUAUUAGGAUUGUGUCACAUAAAUGAGGCCAAAUUAGAACAUUUAAAAAUUUUCGAAGAAAUGGAAGAACCUUCGAGAAACACGAUAAUAGAAAUAUUAAAAGGAUUUGGAAUAGAAGAAGAUUGCAUAUUUGAAUUUGUCAACGAAUUAUUUUAUAUUUCUAAAUCCGUUGCAUCCGUGGAAGAAGAAGAAUAUGGUGAAAAUAGUUAUAGUUUUUAUCACAAUCCUGAUGAAAGUUCGAUGCAAAAUCUUAUGAAUAGGGUAGCAGAAUUAUGUGCUGGAAAAAAGGGGCUAAAAAUGACCGAAAAAAUAUGCGAGGAAAUUAAUUGUCUCGGUGGAAUUGAUAAUCUUAGCGUUGAUUCGAAUUUAUCCGUCAUAGGAAAAUUAUUACGAAGAUUGAGAUAUGUUAUAACGGAAAAAAUGAGAUGUUCCGAAAUUCCAGAUAUUAUUCAACUAGGAAAUUAUGUAGAAUUUGGUGAAAAAAUUAUUCACAGUCAUUUGUCUUUAAAAUUAGAUUAUGAAGUUUCUUGUCCAACUCUUGACGGUUUGGUCCAGCUUGCGGUUGAUACUGAAGGUGUAUACGGAGCGAAAAUGAUGAGCGGAGGAGGAACAUUAACUUUAUUGCAUAGAAAUGCUGUUGAAAAAUAUAUAAAAAAAGUAGUUGAAAAAUAUGGGCCCGUUUUUCAAUUUUAUUUGACAUUUCCUAAUUCCGGAGCAAGAGUUUUGAAUAUCGGAGCUAAAAGUAAUCCAAAAAGUGUUUUAUCUAAUAAAUAUCUUAAUAAGAUUGAACUUAUGAAACAAGCUGUUCGAUAUUUCGAUUUGACAUAUAAAUACAAUCCGACUCAUGGAGCUUUUUCACCUGGAGUUACAAAUAUAAUUGGAGAUCAUUCGGAUUACAAUCACGGUUUUACCGUUUCCAUGGCAGUGAGUUUGAUAACGGUUGUAGUUGGAGCUUAUAACGGAACUUCCAGAGUGAGGGUGGCGACAACGAUUGAUGUUGGUUUUGAACCUAAAAAAAUUAUUUUUUCAUUACCCGUCAGUAGAGAUUUGAGAUUUGGAAGAAUUAAAUGGAUGAAGUUGAUUAUGGCUUUAUAUGAAAAAAUUUUAGGUUCUCUCAUGGGUUUUGAUUGUUUUAUCGAUAGUAAUAUACCAUCAGGAUGCGGAAUACCAAAUCACGUCGUAUUGAUAAUGGCGUUUUAUACUUUUCUGGAAGAAUUAACCGGUCAGAAAACAAAGAAUUUAUGUAAAAAAGCUUAUUUUUGCAUGUUGGCUCAACAAGAUUUUUUAAGUUCAAUUUGUGGAGUUGGAGAUCCAACCGUUACAAUAAAUGCCAAAGCAGAUUUUGCAUUAUUACUUGAUUGUCGAAGUUUGAAAAGCACACCGAUACCUUUUCAAGAUACAAGCGUUAGUCUUCUGCUAACAUUCCUGAAUCAAAAAUCUCCGAAAAUCAGAUCUUUAUUAUAUUCCAGAAUGGAAGAUUGUUACAGGGUAGCCAGAUUAUUAGGUGCAAAAACUCUGCGCGUUAAAUCAAAAGAAAUACCUGAAACGGCAUUGAAAAGAGCAACUCAUGUCGUGAUGGAAAAUGAAAGGGCUUUAAGAUCGGCUGAAGCUUUAAAAAAUAAUGAUUUUGAAACAUUAGGAGAAAUUAUGGUUGCGAGUCAUAAUUCAUUAAGGUACAAUUACGAAAUAACAACGCCUGAACUUGAUUUCUUAAUGGAACGAACAAUGGAAGUUGAUGGAGUUUUAGGUUCUAAAAUGCAGUGUAACGGCAACGAUUCAUAUCUUCUUACAUUGGUAAAACGUUGGGCUGUUGAUGACGUCAUUGAAUAUUUACAAACAAAUUUUUCGACAGAAUUAAACUUUUACAUCGUGACUCCUUUCGAAGGUUGCGGACCUUUAAACGUUAAAGAAUAUUUAAAUUCGAUACCCGGACCAGAAUUUACUUUUGAACAUGUUUUUCCAUUUUGA